CAGGGGAGAGGGUUUAUUCACCAUGGUCUGUCAGGUACAUUGUGAACACAUCCAAAAUUAGCAGUGUCUGAGUAGCAGGGCUCAGAAACGCUCUGUUUUAAUCGAUUCAGAUCUUACUAAAACAAUUGCAAGAAUUAAGGCAAUACAGCAUGUCGUUCAUCCAGAAGAUUAGAUAUUUCUUUAAAAGGCAGAUUUCUAGAGUUCAGAUGGCACUGAGCAGAUUUCUUUGGUGCAGAUGGACACGUGACUCACCUGCUAUCAUGCUUUCCAGAGCGGCCACCAUGGCUGGGGUCACUGCUCACAAGAUCAGUAAACACAUCACCUUCCUCGCCAAUGACGUUGCUUGGACUCCCACGGCUAGUGUUUCACCUGUUCACCCUAAACCAAUAUUGCUGAUGCUGCCAUGGCUGGGCUCCAGACCGCAGGCCAUUGCCAAGUACUGUGAUAUUUACUUUCGCACAGGCUUUGAUGUGCUCAUAGUGGAAAGUGCGGUGAGCCAGUUCUUGUGGCCUCGCUGGGGGUUGGAGUAUGGUGGCCAUGUGCUGGAAUUAUUAGAGAGCGAGUGCUUCUCACAGCGCCCCCUACUGGUCCAUGCUUUCUCCAUAGGUGGAUAUACAUUUGGUCAGGUGCUUGUUCAUGUGGCCAAAGACACCCAGCGUUACCAAGGCCUGACAAACAGGAUCAGGGGUCACAUCUACGACAGCCUUGUCAUGGGAUCGCUGGAACAUAUGGCCAACGGUCUGGGUAAAACCAUAUUGCCCCAGAUGGAAGGUCUCGUGAAGUCGACUAGCCUUCUGUACUUUCGUGUCUUCAAAAACCAGACGGUUAGCUACUUCAGCUCAGUGAUCAGUGUUUUCUGGAACACUCCUGUGAUGGCACCUGCUCUUUUCUUCUACUCUGAGAACGAUGCACUGUGCGAUUACGAGAGCUUGGAGAAGAUGGUGGAGUUCUGGAGGAGCCGCGACCUAAUUGUGGAGAGCAAGAAGUGGAAGGAGUCUGUUCAUGCAGGUCAUCUGCGCAUACACCCUCAGGAUUAUCUGUCCACACUGGAGAAGUUUGUGCAGUCUCUUGACAUGGUGCCUCUGAAGGCCAAAAUGUGAAUUCUGAAGGCUGUCACUCGUCUCAUUAAACAUCCAAGUUACCUGAAAUGCCUGGUUUUAAUGUCUCGUAGACAUUCUCAUACUCUUUGUUCAAGUGGGACUUUGUUAAAUUGCUGUCUUGCAUUCUCAAACUUCUUCAGCCUUUUUAUAUUUAUGUGACUACAUGAAAUCCUUUUCAGCCAAAAAUUCAUACCUGGUCCAGAAGAAGAAGAAGCUGAGCUCUUUUUGAAGAACGUAGCACUGGGAUGUUGGGGUUGUGUAAUACUACAUGCAGUCUGCUGAUGUGCGACCAGUUAGGUUUAUUUGCACUACAAUUUGAAGUUCCUGUACUUUGUCCAACAUCUGUUCGGACCUCAAAAUGACGGUCUAUCUUGAAAUGCAAAUCUGUUUAUCUUUUUUUUUUUGGGAUAAACGGUAAACACUUGAAUAACACUUAACAGGUUUAUUAGACCUUUUGUUAAUAGUGAAUCAUAGUUUAUAUUACAACUUAAUGUUUAACAUCUAUAGUAUGUUCGUUUGAAUACAUGACCUUUGAUACCGGCUACUCCAAAAGGAAACCUGACUAAUUAUUUUUAAAUCUACAGAAAUGACUUGUAUAAAUUUGUCCAUGAUAAACUAUGAAUUAAA